AUGCCCGGGUACGAAAAAUGUCGAGUAAAGUGUGAGCCGACUUCGGACGAGGAAGAAAUUUAUUGCCAGUCUGCAAAUGUCUUUGAAACUAAAUCGCUGGCGGUUAAGUCAAACGCACAGUUGCAAUACAAGGUAGAUAAUGUCUCGACACACCUCUUGGAGCAAUUGCAGUUUAACUCGGAGCUCGUACCCGUGCCUGCCCCUCCGACGGCGACACCCGUGCGAGAGGACUUACCGGCACCGCGGGAGGCGUCUCUGGCUAUGCUAGAACCAGUCAAGAGCACUAUGCACGGAACAGAGGUGAUGGAAAAACACCAUUUAAUAUCAAAUACCACCGAUAUAUUAGACACAUCCGAUUUCGCGCCACUUCUGCAUAUAAAAGAUGAACCACUUUCGGAAGGAGAGUGUCAGAACUUCAGCGGAGAUGAAGCAAGUGGUAGUAGCACACCAGAACCAAGCGGUCGAGGAGCUCCCAAGACUUGGUCACAAAAGGAUAUGGAAAAAGCAUUGGAUGCUCUCAAGAAUCAUCAUAUGAGUCUUACUAAGGCUUCUGCAACUUAUGGUAUCCCAUCAACUACCCUUUGGCAGAGAGCUCAUCGUCUUGGCAUUGACACUCCAAAGAAGGAAGGUUCCUCCAAGUCCUGGAGUGACGAAGAUUUGAAAGCAGCAUUGCAUGCACUGCGAACUGGGGCUAUAUCUGCAAAUAAGGCGAGCAAAGCUUAUGGUAUUCCGAGUAGCACCUUAUACAAGAUAGCUCGUCGAGAGGGUAUUCGUUUAGCGGCGCCUUUCAACGCAGCACCUACCGCUUGGCGCAGGGCUGAUUUGGACAGAGCUCUGGAAGCCAUACGAUGUGGUGCAGCAUCAGUGCAAAGGGCAGCUUCUCACUAUGGAAUACCGACUGGAACAUUGUACGGUCGGUGCAAGCGAGAAGGCAUCGAACUGUCUCGCUCAAACCCCACUCCGUGGUCUGAAGACGCCAUGGGAGAAGCGCUCGAGGCCGUAAGAGUGGGACAGAUGUCUAUAAAUCAAGCGGCUAUCCACUUCAACUUGCCUUACUCUUCUCUCUAUGGACGUUUUAAGAGAUGCAAAUAUCAGCUUUCACAGGAGCACACACAGUACCAGUCUCAAGAGAAUUCAGACGACCCUGGUCUCCAAGAGCAGCUACGGCCUCAGGAGUUCCACCACGCUGGCCUGCAGAGCUUCGACUCUGACAACUAUUACUCGAGUGAAGUGACAUCUCUGCAGAGUGUCCAGCAACAUUACAGUCAAGCUAUGUACUAUACCCAGUGCAAUGUCACCAGCUGA